AUGGAGGAUGUUGACCCCCCACCAAGCUUCAGCGAGUACAUCUCAGGCCUGUUUGGCCCUGCUAUGCUGCUGGCGUGGUCUUUUAAACACUACGCUAUCGUCGUAUCAGAAACAAUCUUCCGACGCGGGCAGAUCCUCGCACCCAUUCUUCGAUCUGGUCAAGUCCGGGAUGAAGCUUUUGGACGCUUCUGGAUCGAAUUUGCCGGGCCGCAAGAUGUCACCGUCAACGACGAGGGUGUCCUCGACAUCAGCAAACUAAGAGCCUCGGGCGCUCUCAUUCCACCACUGCUUAAAAAGGCUCGUGGAGUCGUCCUCGACAUCGGUCCUGGCACAGGCACACAGAUGCCAUUUUUCAUUGAGCCAGCGGCCAAAAAUGUCUCGGCCAUCUAUGGCCCUGAGCCGUGCGUAGGCCUACACGGGGAAUUGCGUAAGCGCAUCAUCACCCACGGACUCGAGUCGAAGUAUCAUAUUUUGUCCGCCAGUGCUGAGAAGCAGCAGCUUGUCGAUGCACUCCAACGGGAGGGCGUCCAAGUCAACGAAGAUGGUGUCUUUGAUACAAUCGUCUGCAUUCGAGUUCUGUGCUCACUGCCAGACCCGGAAGAGACGAUCGCAGGUCUAUACUCUCUGCUACGACCUGGUGGACAAAUGCUUAUUGUUGAGCACGUGGUCAAUCCAUAUUCUAUGUUUGGCCGCAAAGGAGGGGACUUCUUUGCCAAGGUCAUGCAGACGGUCUACAUGGCAUUGGGCUGGAGGUAUUAUAUCGGUGAUUGUCAUCUGAACCGGGACACGGAGAUAUAUCUUCGUAAAGCGGCGGACAAGGAUGGAGGGUGGAAAUCGUUUGAGCUGGAGAGGAGGUUCGCUAAGAGUACGCUUCCUUAUAUCUCGGGUGUUUUGACCAAGAAGGGAUAA